AUGAGACAACAAAUUGUUAUUUUCUCUUUAUUCUUAAUAAUUGGCAGUGUAUUUGCUGGAAUUAUCCAAGAAUUUAAAUUGAAGGAUGACACAGUAGUUACUGUCCAAGCCACAAAUAACACUAAAGUUCCAAAUAUUGUUUGGACAGUAGAUGCAGUAGAAUGCUUAAAAGAAGCCAUUACAGUCUACGUUGAUGAACCUAAUAGAGCCAGUGCUUAUUUGGAACUUUUUAAUGGCAAGCACCCAGGAAACUGGAGUGUUGCGGUUGGUUAUACCACAAUCAUUUCCGAUUCCGACCUUUAUGUUGAAACUAUUGUAUCUGGUGGGGGAAAAAGCCUUAAAAAAGACAAAUCUGGUGUUCUCUACAGGAUUUUCAAUUAA